CUCGAGCUGUCCGUAGAGGUCGUCUUUGAAGUCUGCGCAUCUUAUCCCCUAGGUUCGCUCAUUGGCAUGAGCAGAUAAUAGACAACUGCUUGUGCAACCAACUCCUGGGACCUAGCAGCUAUUGGAUCCCGACAACCUUAUGCAAAGCUACCACCAGUCCUCUGACUAGCUAUGGACUUCAGCUCGAUGCGCCCCAUAGCCACCGUCGUGGAACCGUAAUCGCAAGGAGUUGGGAGAGCUCUAGAGAAAGCUACCGUGGGCUGUCAUGGCUAACAACCCGGAUGCGCCGUGGUCCAGCUUCAACCCUGUUUUUUUGGGGUUACUGAUUGUCUGUGGUGUGCUCUCCAUCUUCUUCCUACUGUACUUUAACAGAGUAUUCGCGUCUGUGAUUUCGUACAUCAUCCGAACCUACACCUGGCAUCGAUAUCGAAUCUACAUAGACAUUCAGGCGUUGCAAGUUUCGUUGCUUGGCGGACGAGUAUUUUUCAUCGGCUUUAGAUACCAUGGGAAUAAUGAGACGAUCCUGAUCCAGAAUGGCCAUAUCACCUGGUCAUACUGGCUAUGGCGAGUCAAAGAUGUCAAUAUUGUUGCCCCCAGAAAGGCUGCUGGAAAGAGCCCAGACGGCGACACCGAGAAUCCCUCUAAUGAAGGCGAUAAGUUGGCAAAGCUGCCAUGCCGUAUCAAUGUUGCCGUCUCGGGCUUAGAGUGGUUCGUGUAUAAUCGAAGUCCCGUAUACGAAUCCCUACUGGCUGGCAUGAUGGACCAGACGAAGGCCGACGACGAAAAUGCAGAAAAGCCCCGAGACAGUACUAGCCAGCCACGACAGCGGCUACAGAAGACAUCCCAGAAAGUUGAAGAACAGCUUAAAAAGCUGGACUCCAAGUUGUCAAGCAACGAGAAGGAUCCUGGUGACUCUGAUGGGCAGCGCUUUGCUUCUGAUACCCGUCGACGCUCGACAUCAGUAUCUGACGAUGGCCGCGGAACCAAGUCCUGCAAUGAUGAAGUUCCACUGAUGCUGCAACUUCUGCCACUUCAUUUUGAAUGUGAUAAGGCAGCUGUGGUUAUGGGCAAUGAAAACACGAAAGCCAUACUCAUCAUCAAAUCCAGAUCGUUGUCUGGAGAGAUUGAUGCCUCAUCAUGCGAAACUCCCGACUCUUAUAGACAGCUUUUCAAAAUCCGCUUCAACAACCCUGUCGUGGAGAUGAAAGAAAACGAGGACUACAAGGAGGACCAACCGACGCGGGCCAACAUGGACAAAAACAUAGCUGUGAAACGCGGCAAUCUUCCACAUCGGCCUUUUUUACAAAGGCAGCGCCGCAAGGCCUUGGGCCAGUUGCGAAACCUGGUGCCGUAUUGGAGAAGCUCUGUGGAAUCAUUCUCCGUGAACUCGAGAAAUGAGACUGUCACCGCUGAAACCCCAUUGCCUGGCGCUGCGCACUGGCAGGGCCUCACUCGCUACCUUAAGGACGACGAUACGGACGACAAGAUCCGGUGGUCUUCCAUUGAGUAUGCUGCUAUGCCGACGCUUGUGGAUAGUUCAGAAGCAAUAUUAACCAUUCUUUGGGACGUUCCCGGAAAGGUUACCCGCAGCCACCAUUCCCUGGUCGGGGAUUCUAAGCAGAGAAACAACAUCAAUGGCGCAGCCCCUCCUGCGUGGACCAUCAAUUUGCAAAUUAAAGGGGGUGUAAUCAACUACGGCCCCUGGGCAGAUAGACAUCGGGCUGAGUUGCAGAGAAUAUUCAAUCCAACAUUGAGCAAGGAUGCUACUCCAGCUGAAAAGCUUCCAGUUGGCGCUGACAGAGUCCCCACGGAGUUCAAGUUCUACCUGGAAAUCGACGAAGAAGUCACGUUAAGAAUACCUACCCGGGAAGACUCCAAGAAUUGGAGAUGGAAGAAAGAGGUGGCCGAGUUGAGACAGCACCGAAAACAGGAGCGACGCAGGGACAAAGCACGUACUCGAGAAGAGCUCGCGUCGAAUGCCGUCAAGCAGCGGCCGUACGGUUGGCUAGACAUCAAGGUUUCCCCCAACGCUACUAUCUCCUAUUCCAUGGAUAUGAUAGCCGGAGCCACAGGGUACACUAAUACUCUCACGGUUGAUUUGCCUUCAACUGAGGUUUCUACCAGCGUCAACCAUGGUCUUUUGUGGAAAUCUGGCGCCCAGCGUAUCUCAUGCGACAUGUCCAAUCCCCUGAAAUGGAACAGUCUCCGAAACUGGCUGUUUAAUAUUGAAGGCGACGAUCUUGAAUUAUUCAUUCUCAGAGAUCAUAUUUUUCUCCUAAUCGACCUCAUUGAUGACUGGGGCAGUGGUCCGCCGCAGGAUUACCUGCUGUUUGUUCCGUUCAAAUACUUCGUCAAUCUACAGUUUCGGAACCUGAAGUUGUACCUGAAUGUCAACGAUGUCAACAUCGUCAACAGUCCGACUAAUUUCGAAGAGAACACUUAUCUUGUCCUCUCCAGUCCAUGUCUGAAAGCGGACACAUGCAUCAAUCUCGACGUGUAUCGGCCUCCAAAGAAUGCAGUACCUUUUAAUGUACAAGCAGAUGCGCUGGCAUUGGCACUUCACACACCUCCCUGGAACACGCAAGCAACUUUCCUCGCCUCCAAAUUCAUUGGACAGUUUGAGAGUCUAAAACUUGAUGGCAACUAUCACUAUAACGCGACUACGUCGCCGGCUAAUACGGAUACGCUUGUACUCAAUGCGAGUGGUCUCUCGCUAAUGGCUCAUGUCCAUGGGUUUAUCGUUCGUUAUCUUUUGCAACUCAAAGACAACUAUUUUGGUGAUUACGUUCACUUCAAGACUCUUGAAGAAUAUCAAGAAUCGCUCCGUGUCAAGGAAAGUGAUCCAGAUGCCGCAACUGCCAACCGACCACCGACCAAGAAGUCCAACGACUUGGACGUAAUUCUGGGUAUCAGAGUCGACGACCCGAAAUUACUGUUACCAGCGAAUUUGUACUCCGCGAGGCGCCAUAUCACAAUUGAAGGGGCCUCGCUGUCCGUCGACCUCCGCUUCACAAACUACUACAUGGACCUCGAUAUGUCACUCAGUCCCCUCAGCUUGUCUUUGGGGAGCGAAGACGAUGGCGCUUCAAGUCCCAUGAGCGCUACAUCUAGCACGCAGAUGUACAUCGAUGGACUUGGAGUAUAUGGUCAUCGCUUAUUUGGCCUACCGCCCACUGAACCUACCUACAUGUGUAACUGGGACUUAUCUGUGGGCACGGUUACGGGAGAGUGCACGGCUGACUUCUUGAACGCUAUCAUCAACGGCGGCAAAGCAUUCGGGUUUUCACUCGAUGACGACGAGAACGCGCUGAUACCUUAUUCGUCUAUCGUCGUUUAUGAUGUCACAUUCCUGCGGCUGUCGAUACAGUCUAUUCAGUUAUGGUUGCAUGUAGAAGAAGCUGCAUUUCUGUUGUCCACCGGGGCUAUUGACGUCAACUACAACGAUUGGGCCAGAACACACUACUCAAAGCGUGCCAAUAUCAAGGUGCCGGAUUUGCAGAUCGCAUGCGUCAACUCGGAAUCUGCUGCACGACACCACAAGAUGAGACUUCAUAGCCAUGUGGAAACUGAUGCAAUUCUUCGAACCAGUAUCCACUUCGCGUUGAUCGGGAGAAAGUACGAUUUCUGCAAUGAGAGGAGAUUGCAACAGGAACUCGUACGCCACGAGGAUCAACGGACGCGCCGAACGGAUUUCCUGCUCCUGCCAGGCCUUCUCGACGACCACACGCCAAAUGCAGUGGAUGUGCCAGCCCAGAGUGUGCCAUCGGUCCCUCAGCCUAAGAGAUCCGCUUACGCUAGCGACGAGAGAAAGUCGAUGUCUUCAACCGGAUCUUCCCGACGUUCCCGAUCAUUAAGGCACAAAAACUCCUUCCUCUCAUUCUCCAGUGAAAGUAAUGGCAGUGUGUUGCGGCCAGGGUCUUUAAAGUCGUCAAAACGUCUCAGGAGUGGCGGCCGUCAAAUCUCGGACUCGAUACCACACGCAACCAAUGAGUUGAAACUUCCUCUGAAUCGAAGGGAUUACUCGGCCUCCACAGGUCGUCACUCGGCCUUUUACAGUGCUUAUGGUGACUACGUUGACAGGAGAGACCUUUCACAUAACACCGUCGCGUUUUCGAGCCAAUUCUUCCCGCCAUAUUUCCCCCUAGACAAUUUACGCCCUGAUACAAAGGAGGCAAUCAUGCAAAGCAUUGAAAUUCAAGACGAUGAGCUUCCUGAGUCAUCCCCAUUUGGAUUGGACGAUGUCGAUCCAGAUGGUUUGAGCCAAGAUUCAGCUUACCAGAGCUUCAUUGUCGAGCUUCCAGCUGGCGUGUCAGCUUUUCUGAACGCAACCUCACUGCGAUACAUUGCCGCGUUGAUGAACGCACUCCAACCGAGCGAGCCAGAUGAUAUCCUCGACUCACUACAGACGAGUGCCAUGUCGGAAAUUUUUGACAAGCAGAAGCAGCAGAAGAUUCGAGGGAGUAUCAAUGAUUUUGUUGUCCGGAUACCCCAAGCCAACGUACGCUUCCUCAACUGUUCUCAGCUUGAUUCGCCAGAACCAUUCCAAGAAGAGCAAGAUCAAUAUGACUUGUCGAUCACGAAGUUGGCCGUAAAUGCUCGAUCCGAGACCCUUGAUACAAGCAGUGAUGCCCACACUUCCCUUGAGCCUCGGCUAUCGUUCCACUUCCGGCUUGACUCAGCGGAAAUAUCUGCUGCAGAGCGAGCUGCGGGCUUAGAUGAGACUCAAGCCGCAGUCAAAGCUAGAAUAGAGAGGAUCAUGAUUUCCAUGGGAUCAAAAGAGCUUACCUACAUCGAUGCUGACGUGGGUGCUCUACGAGUGACCUCGUCUUCAAAUAAAGUCGAGUACCUCGCCUCUCUUAUUCACAGAACAAACAUGCUUGCGACUGAAAUGGGGGCGCUUUUCUCCUCUACGACUAGCAGAGGUGAUCAACGUGUUAAGCAUUUUACGUACCGAUUGAUGACUGAUGGCCACGGAGCUGGUGACCCCUCCUUUAUUGCCCGCCCAUCCGCGGUGCUAAGGGCUGCUACGGAGCACUUGAGGACUUAUGACUCAUGGAAGCUGAUGGCAAGGCUCCGUCAGAUGUGGAACACUCUAAGUGAGAAGGAGAAAGAGCACCUGAGACUUGAGUGCCUUGGUAGUCACGCCGGCUACCCCAUGGACGCCAGACAGCAGGUGACGAAUGCUUUUCAGCAUUGGCGAAGUUGGGAUUUGGAUAACAUUAUGGAUUCCAUAUUGAUGAAUAAUAUAUUCGGCAAGCUUUCCUCAGUUGGUCAACUUGCCAAUGGUCCAACGCCAUCGAUGGCUGUGGUUCGGAUACAAGAAACUGAGUUUGUCCUGGACCCUGGGCCCAAACAGAACCAGAUCUUUGCUAUGGACGUCACAGCCAGGUUGGAGACAAAGACGGCGCAGCCAACUGAAAGUGAGUCCCGCAGCGAUACGGAAGUUCCACUCACAGUUCUCAAUCUGUAUUGUGCCGAUGCUGGGUUUAACCUCAACUGGGAGUUGCUCGAGUUGGUCGAGGAUGUUCUACGCCUCUAUCAGCGGAUGGAACCUCGUGAGACUGAAGAGGUAGCCAAUCAACCACCAAGGACCUUGAAGCCUGAGCAACCGAGAAUGUUCCAUGUUGUCUUCGCUUUAGGCCGUGGGUCAAUAGCCCUUGAGACUGUGAACUUGAGGUCUGACACACAAAGCAAUGACUUGAAGAUGUCAGCCGUGGUGGUCCAAAGACGCCAGAGGCUGACAGGGAACAACGUUAUUUUGGUCUGCGAUUCGGUUACAACGAAGCUUAGGAGUCACCAGCAAGCCUUGGCAACCUUCCGCUUGCGUGGUGCGAGUGUUUUCGUCUCCCAUGAGCUGCAAUUGGAGAGCCAGACAUCGAAACAUACCAUCAAAUCCACAGCCAGCAGUGAAGAUCUCAGGCUGAUUGUCAAACAAGACCCGAUCGUGCUCGCAGAAGUCCUCGAUAUGUUGGUCAGAGACGAAGCUGCCCAGCUAUACUCCCUGCAAAAGCAAUUUCCCACAUCGCCCGAACCUGGCACCCAGAAGCAGAAGAUCACUGAGCGUUUGUCAACUUUUCGUGUCGAUCUGGCAAUGUUCCUCAACACCUAUACAAUAUCCCUGCCUCUGCUUCGAUCUCUCACAUACACCAUUUCUGGUGUGGUAGCUAGAGCUGCCAUGGCCGCUAAUUCGGGCACCGAGGUUAUUUUCGACUUCGAUAUCAAGGAGAACUCCCACGACAUCCAAAUAAAAGUGGGCAACGCCCCUCGGAGCAUAUCUCUGUUACAGAUACCACCCACGAAUGGACGCGUUACCAUGCAGAUGGGACAAGGGGAUCGAUCCAUAUCCGUUUUUGCUUCAGUGGAGCUAAUACAGCUUGACGCUUCUGCGGUCUACAGUCUAUUGGCUGCACUCAAUCGUCCGGAAAUGUCAAAUGCUAUUAAUGAUUUGCAACAUCAAGUCAAAGUUAUCCAGGAACACCUCCGUGAAACUUUCGAUGUUCAAGAUAGCCCCAAGACUAAAGUCCCACCGCAAGGAACCCCGAGACUUGUCUACAUUGUUCACACGACUCUUGCCGGCAUCGAGAUUUUUGGUCAUGCACCUACCAAGUCAGGAUCCGAGCGGCAAGCCCAUCUAUCAUUUUGCUUAGAUAGCAUCCAUCUAGAACUCGCAAACAGGCUUGACCAACAGGGGCCUGUGUUGGAGAACCCAGAGUUCCGCGUCAACCUCCGUCAAAUCAUGUUUGAUGUAAAGAAGGGCUCUGUAGAGGCCAUGAGGUCCUGUGGCAACCUCUCUUUUGGCGCUCUCAUCACGGGAACUACUCGCGAGGCCGACGAUGGCUCAGAGCAGAGGUUUUUUGAUUUCCAAAGUGACGGAUUCGAAAUCAACCUCUCUGCGGACACGAUAUCUACGUUCGUGGAUGUGCUCGGCUACAUGGGUGACAAGAUCAAGGAUCUCGACACGACUAAAGAAAUAGAGUAUCUGCAAAAGAGGCUCAGACAAAAUCGCCCGAGGAUCGCUAUUAACGAUGAGGAGGAGGCAGAAGAAGUUGAAAGUGACAUAUUCGACUCUUUCCUUGCCUCCAUUAUGUACUCCGUUGAGAUUCGCGAUAUUCAGGUUAGUUGGCUGGUCGCUCCCGGAGCAGCACGCGCAGCCAGUCAAGAAGAUCUAGUCCUCUCUUUACAGAGGAUAGAAUUUGCGACAAGGCAGAAAAAUACGGCCAAGCUCACCAUUGAAAAUUUCCAAUUGCAAAUGGUGCCUCUGGAGCAGGACAAGGCGCUGCGAUCAGCCAACUCGGCACUGCUACCAGAAGUUAUAUUCAAUAUUGCUUUCGUAUCAACUCAGGAUACUCGCCGGCUUGCUUUCCAAGCUGUUGGCAAGUCCCUUGACCUCCGGCUUACCUCGGGUUUCAUCGUUCCUGCAUCCAAUCUGGCCGAUUCAAUUGGAUUGUCCGUGAAGAAUAUGCAGCAAGCUUCGGAGAAGUGGACGCCUAUCAUAGCAAAGGAGAAGUCAACUGAGAAACAAGUUGACACUCGUCAAAGAUCCCUGUUUGGCAGUAAGAGAGUAGAAUCUGUGCUGGUGGAUGCGGACUUCGCCGGCGCCGUUGUGCGUCUCUCCAGCCGGAGAGCAUCCACGGAGACCGAUGGCAUCCCUUCACCGCAUGCGAAUCGGCCUGCGCUGGCUGGAAAAUAUGGUCAAUUCAGUGCCGACGAUUCAGGAGCUAGCACGGUGCUCCGCAGUCCAGGUCUAGCUUGGAAAAUCGAAUACAGAGACGAUGGCAAAGAAGACCCGGCCAUCUACGGUGAGAUCAAGGUCGAUGCUUCGGAAAACACCAUCUGUCCCACGGUCGUUCCCCUAAUAAUGGACAUCUCUUCAAGUAUUAAAGAAGUAGUGAGCAAUGAUGGGAAGCAGUCAGCUACGAGAUCGGUCACACCUAUGAACAAGAGCAGUGAAUCUUCGAAGAGCAAGGCAAAGUCUGGAGAGGAAGAGAACAUUCUCACCACCGAUCCGAGUGCCGUCUUGGGCCGUACAAAAUUGAACAUUGGAUUGCGCAUCUGCAAACAAGAGUUCACUUUGAGUUGUCAGCCCAUUGCCCGGGUUGCUGCUUCAGCUUGCUUUGAGGAUAUUUACAUCACCGUCAACACGGUACACUCACUGGACCACGGCAACUUUUUCGCAAUCUCUGGCACCUUCAGCGGGCUCCAGGCAUCAAUACAACAUGUGUAUUCGCGGGAAUCCACGGGCAAAUUUGAAGUCGACUCAAUCGUACUGUCCCUGAUGAAUAGCAAACACGUUAGCGGUACCAGUGGUGUCUCUGCCAUUCUAAAAGUCAGUCCUAUGAAGGUUGACGUUAACGCCAAGCAGCUGCAAGAUUUCCUACUGUUCCGCGAGAUCUGGGUUCCACAUGAAAUACGACAGGGCUCGGCUGCACCAGUAUCAAAAGCGCCGGCAGAGCUUACUGCUCAAGGUCAUCUUGUCCAGCGAUAUCAACAGGUGGCAGCCACAGCCGCUUUCCCCUGGACGGCUACCAUCUCGAUCAGUUCUCUGGACGUCACCGUGGAUCUUGGGCAAUCACUUGGCAAAUCCGUUUUUGCGAUUACCGACUUUUGGGUCUCUUCAAAGAAAACGUCUGACUGGGAACAAAACUUGUGCCUCGGUUUCCAGAAGAUUGGCAUUCACUGCACUGGUCGUCUGGGUGGAUUUGUCGAGUUGCAGAAUUUCAAAUUACGUACAUCAAUCGAAUGGCCAGAACGACAGGCUGCCUUAAACGAGACGCCGCGAAUCCAGGCUUCCAUAGGAUUCAGCCAGUUCCGACUCAAGGCUGCGUUUGAUUACCAAGCGUUUUUGGUGGCAGACAUCACUUCCAUGGAUUUCAUCAUGUACAACGUCCGUCGUCGCAGAGAAGGCACUGGUGACAGACUGGUCGCGAGCUUCGACGGAGAUGCCGUCCAAGUCUUCGGCACCACCACCUCGGCAUCGCAGGUCGUGUCUCUCUGGCAAGCAGUCCAAAGACUCAUACAAGAGCGCAAAUCCAGUUACGAAUCUUCACUUCGCGACAUUGAGAAGUUCAUGAAGCGAAAGUCGGUUACCACCCAGGCGCCACUCCUCAUGCCAGUCAGGCCUGACGACUCAGUUGGGGUAAUCAAGUCACCUAUUUCCCUCGACACUGACGUCGUGGUCACUCUGAAAGCCCUGAACCUUGGUGUGUUUCCGAGCACGUUCUCUGACCAUCAGGUCUUCAAGCUCGAGGCGCUCAACGCGCAAGCCCGCUUUGCAGCGUCAAUGGAGCAGGGCCGUAUCCACAGCAUCCUCGGACUGACACUUGGUCAAUUGCGCAUAGGUCUCGCGAGCGUAAGGCACGUCGAAGCGCCCAAGCACGUGGCCGAGAUUUCGGUCGAAGACGUAAUCGCCUCUGCGACAGGCUCGCGCGGCGGCACAAUUCUGAAGGUGCCCAAAGUCGAGGCUAUAAUGCAGACGUGGCAGGCGCCCGAGUCGCGUAGCAUCGACUAUAUUUUCAAGAGCGCCUUCGAGGGCAAGGUCGAGGUCGGGUGGAACUACUCGCGCAUCAGCUACAUCCGCGGCAUGUGGGCUAAUCACAGCAAGAUGCUCGCCUCCACCUGGGGCCGCGAGUUACCUGGCAUGACCGCCAUCAAAGUCACGGGUGUGCCGGAGCCAUCGACGUCGGCAGACAUAGAUAACGAGACGGACAAGAAUAAGGAUAAGGAGCAGCAAACCAAGAUCACGGCCGAGGUCAACGUACCGCAGUCAAAGUACGAAUACGUGGCGCUGGAGCCUCCGAUCAUCGAGACGCCCCAGCUCAGGGACAUGGGUGAGGCGACCCCGCCGCUGGAGUGGAUCGGCUUGCACAGGGACAGGCUGCCGAAUCUGACGCAUCAGAUAGUGAUUGUGAGUCUGUUAGAGUUGGCUGGCGAGGUCGAAGACGCGUAUGCUAGCAUCCUAGGAUCUUCGUGACGGCUCGGUGGGCGGUGUCAAUAAGGGGGCGUGGUGUAGUCAAGAAUGGGGCAAAAGGGGUGACUAAGUCAGAUGAGUCACUCGGUAAUUGAUGAGCAUAGCGAGGCGUUCCUUAUUGGCCACCACUUGUGUAGGCGAGGGCAGUCACAGUUGUAUUUUGACAUUGCAGGGCUAUCCAAAUGCAUGCCCAGGUAAUGAAGUUUUCGUCGCACAUGUACAAGAUAUCCGUGGACAAUGAUGACUGGUAAUAUUUCCGAAAGAU